CUGGAAGAAAGAGAGUCUUGAGACCAGAGCAGAGAGUUGUCACAGUAAACAGACAUGUCUAUGUCACGACUCUGCACGCAAUAAUUUCGAAUCAAUUUGAAUCCAAUGGCAUUGCAAGUUGCUUGCUGGCCUCGCUGUCCAGCCACGCCUUCCUCCUCCUCGUCUUCAACGCUCUUCGCUUUGAGCAAGCGCUCCAUUCUCGGUGCUGCUGCUGUGGGAGGGAAUACAAAUAGCUUCUAUAAUUCGCCUGCUGGUGCUCCUCCUGCUCUGUUCUCGUCACGGGAUGCUGGAAUUAGAAGGUGGUUUUCAACAGUUGCAGCGAGCAAAGACGCGGCCUCCAGUGCUAGCACUCCAUCACGCCCUACCUCGGGAGUGAAGAUUACUCCGCGCGUGCUUGACCGACUCUAUUCCCGGUGUCCGCGCGCGGCUAGUCGAAAUCCAUUCAAUAUCAGGCUGACCGAGGAUAGUCGACCCUUUUUUCCGAUAACGUGCAAGAAUCUUCGACGUACUUGGAUAGAUUCUUUGUAGAAGGUUUCUGGUAAGUGAAAGUGUAAUUAUGAGAUCAUAACAUAAGUCCACGCGAGUAAGAGUAUGAGAUCAUAUUAAGUAUAAGAAAAAUCUCUUGAUGAUCUUGAUCACAUCGCAAAAACUAUUGCCGUCCUUCCGUCCACCAGAAACGACAAAGAACAAGCCUCCGAGACACAAGCGCGGUAAGGGUAAUAAUUCUCGUGGUCAUACCAUGGAACGACAUCCUAAUCUCGGAACUGAGAGGGGUUACGGUCGUUCUGGAGAGCGUAUGUGGGAAGGCGACCAUAUCACACCUUUGUGGAAUUAUGACUCGAUGAGAUUACAAUUUACAACGACCGCUAGAAGCUAGCUACUUGACACACUCACGACACCAGUUAGCUUAAAAAGCAGGCUGUUGUACUGCCUAGAAUGGCAGCACGUUGGUUUCCCUAUGAUCGAUCCCUGCAUUCUAAGUACUUUAAAGUGGAGAUUCAUCUCCUUCUCAUCUAAGCCAAAAAAGUAGCCCGCUGGCCAGAGGCGAUUCGACAGCGGACUCGAGCUAAGUGGGACGAGUGCAACCUGGCAAGGAUUCGCUAUUUCAUUGAGACGGGCCGAUUGGAUCCCAGAUUUCCGAUUACUCAGCGCCAUCUCCUCGACUCCAAAUGUGUGCGACCUAUCAAGACAGGCGUUAGGGUGUUUAAUGUAAACGAUUAUCCUUUUCCGUACAAGAUCGAUUUGGAGGUAGCGGCAGCCGAUCAAAGCACCAUCGACCUGAUUCGGGCAGUCGGUGGGACUGUAACCAUCGUCUAUCUAGAUCGCAUAGGUCUCAGAGCGCAUUUGAAGCCACACAAAUUCGACAUACUGCCGAAAACUGCGAGAUCGAAAACGAGGGUAUCUAUACUAUAUCUUUUUUCAUCUUACUUCUAUCUUGCUGGGCCUGCUGGACCAAAUCGAAUUCAGAUAGUGUUGCCAACUGAUUCAACCUUGUGGAAAUACAUGAGAUGCAGUUUUUGCCUUCUCGUCUCAAAAAACACACAACAAAAAGACUACACAACCCUAUGCAUAACCACAACCAUAGACCCACUACCUCGAAAAAAUGCGUGCGCGUGGCUGCUUAGUACGAUAUAUCAAACCUCUAUGGCUAAUCCGGGAAGAACAGCGCAUCAAGAUGGAUUUACGAGAACAGCUAGCCGCAAAUCACUUGCUGGAGAGUCAAGCGGACAGGGACAGCGAUUCGGGUGGAGCUUCUGUGGGUGCGAGUGCAAGUGGGUGAUGUCGUGGUAGCUGGUCCACACUUGUGUUUCAGAUGACAGGUUGAGGGAGCAGUAGGACACGACAGGCAUGAUACAUAAUGAGCAAGAACUGUAUAAUUUGCCAUUCUUUAAGGGCCGCGGGAAGAAGAAAAUAACACGUGAAGAAAAAUUUAAUGAAAAGUUUGAAUCUGCAUGACGGGUGCCUCCGGGAUCAAGGCUCCGAAGCUAAGCAUAG